AUGCGAGCUUCUUCAAAGCUCAUAUCUCUCACACACCCAAGUCUUAAUCUUUCUCAUCCCACACCCGAACCCUUCGUUUGGAACACCCUCAUCCGAGCCCAUGUCCAAUCCAAACCCCCAACCCACUCCCCGAUCUCCGUCUUCAAUCGAAUGCGCUUACAUGGAGUUCAACCUGAUAACCGCACCUUCCCUUUUCUCCUUCAGUCCUUCAAUUCCAUUCGUUAUCUCCAAUCAGGAAAACUAUUCCAUGCCCAAGUUUUUCUCUUGGGGUUUGAUCAGGACCCGUUUGUCCAGACCUCUCUCAUUCACAUGUACUCGGCUUGCGGGGACUUGACGCUUGCACGCCAAGUGUUUGAUGAAAGUACCCAACGGGAUUUGCCGUGUUGGAAUUCGAUCAUAGAUGCGUAUGCGAAAGUGGGUUUGGUUGAUGCUGCACGACUUGUGUUCGAUGAAAUGCCCGAGAGAAAUGUGAUCUCUUGGAGCUGUAUGAUAAAGGCGUAUGUGAUGUGUGGUGGUUAUAAGGAGGCACUUGCUUUGUUUCGUGAGAUGCAGAUGUUGGAUAGUGUGAGGCCGAAUGAGUUCACCAUGUCAAGCAUACUUUUGGCUUGUGGAAGAUUGGGUGCACUUGAGCAUGGGAAGUGGGUUCAUGCUUAUAUUGAUAAAUAUGGGAUGAGAGUUGAUGUUGUGCUGGGGACUGCGUUGAUGAACAUGUAUGCGAAAUGUGGAAGUAUUGAGAGGGCAAGAGGGGUUUUUGAUAGUAUGGGAUCUCGUAAGGAUGUGAUGGCCUGGAGUUCAAUGAUAUCGGGACUUGCCAUGCAUGGACAUGCUGUGGAGUCUCUAGAAUUAUUUGCUGAGAUGAUCAAGUCUGGCGUGAGGCCUAAUGCUGUGACUUUUGUUGGUGUUCUUUGUGCUUGUGUUCAUGGGGGUCUGGUAAAUGAAGGUAAAGAGUAUUUUCGGAGGAUGGAUGAUGAGUUUAGUAUUAAGCCUUUGAUCCAGCACUAUGGUUGCAUUGUUGACCUUUAUGGAAGAGCCGGGCUGAUUUCAGACGCCUGGAAAGUGGUGAUAUCCAUGCCAAUGGAGCCUGAUGUGCUUGUUUGGGGAGCUCUACUAAGCGGAGCUAGGAUGCAUAGGGACAUAGAAACAAGUGAGAUUGCGCUGAACAAGCUAAUUCAGUUGGAUCCAACUAAUAGUGCUGCAUAUGUACUUUUAUCGAAUGUGUAUGCCAAAAUGGGGAAAUGGAGUGAAGUAAGACGCGUGAGAGAUCUUAUGGAGGAAAGGGGGAUCAAGAAAGUUCCCGGCUGUAGUUUGGUCGAGGUGGGAGGUGUCCUUCACGAGUUUUUCGUGGGGGAUGAUUCUCACCCUGCAACUCGAGAGAUAUACAUGAUGCUCGAUGAGAUCAUGAAGAGGUUAAAGAUGAGGGGUUUUGUGGGAAACACAAGUGAGGCAUUGCUCCAGCUUGAUGAGGAAGGAAAGGAGCUUGCCCUGUUGUUUCACAGUGAGAAAUUGGCACUUGCUUUCUGCUUUUUGAAGACAACUCCUGUUGUUCUUGGAAUCCACACCCCGUUGGCGCUUUUCUGUCACUCGCCGCAGGUAUUCCGGCGGUCGGUUGCGGCGCCGGCAGGUCUCUUCGGCGAUUGUCAGUUUGGAGGAAGAAUGCCUGGACUUUCGAGAACAAUUGGGCUGGAAACAUGUGACAGCUACUUGAUUUUCGAGAGCGAAACUGCCCUCGGUGGUGGUGUCCGGGCAUUCUUAUAUUUUCUUGGUCUUGCUUAUUGUUUCCUUGGACUAUCAGCUAUUACUGCUCGAUUUUUUCGAUCCAUGGAGAGUGUUGUGAGCCACACGCGGGAGGUUGUGGACGUUGAUCCUUGCACUGGUGGUAAAGUUAUCAGGCAUGAGAAAGUGUGGAACUUCACAAUUGCAGACAUUAGCUUGCUGGCCUUUGGGACCAGCUUUCCUCAGAUAUCAUUGGCUACUAUUGAUGCUAUACGAAACAUUGGGAGCCUCUAUGCUGGAGGUUUGGGUCCUGGAACACUAGUUGGUUCUGCUGCAUUCGACCUUUUCCCCAUCCAUGCUGUUUGUGUUGUAGUUCCUAAAGCUGGAGAGCUGAAAAAGAUUGCUGAUAUAGGAGUCUGGCUUGUUGAGCUCUUUUGGUCUUUUUGGGCGUAUAUUUGGUUAUAUAUUAUUUUAGAGGUGUGGACACCAAAUGUGAUUACACUAUGGGAGGCCUUAUUGACAGUACUACAAUACGGAUUACUGCUGACACAUGCUUAUGCUCAAGACAAGCAGUGGCCCUACUUCUCUCUUCCUAUACCAAGAAGUGAGAGACCAGAGGACUGGGUGCCAGCUGAGCCAGUUGCUUGCAAGCUUGAUAGUGGUCUCUGUGAUGAGUACUCUGAAAUACUUCAUGUUGGCGAAGAUGAAAACAGAGAUGUUGUUGAUAUUUUCUCCAUACAUUCAGAAACAAGAAAUGGUUCAGUGUAUCAACAAGUCUCUGGAAUUGAUGAAAGUCCUGAAUCCUCUAAUAAGGAGUAUCAAGAGAAAAUGGUUUCACAAGAUCAUCCAUUUUUUACACUUUGGAGGCAACAAUUUGUAGACGCAGUCAAGCUCGAAAGCACAGAAUCAAGGAAACUGAGCAACAUCUAUUUGCGACUGGCAAGAAUUUUCUGGCAAUUACUUCUUGCUCCUUGGAGACUAUUAUUUGCAUUUGUUCCUCCUUAUAACAUUGCUCAUGGCUGGGUUGCCUUCAUAGGUUCCUUAAUUUUCAUCAGUGCGAUAGCUUACAUUGUAACACAACUCACUGAUCUCAUAAGUUGUGUCACAGGAAUAAAUCCUUAUGUCAUAGCAUUUACUGCAUUAGCAGCUGGAACUUCGUGGCCAGAUUUAGUUGCAAGUAAGAUUGCUGCUGAACGCCAGCUGACAGCUGACUCUGCCAUUGCAAACAUCACUUGCAGCAAUUCGGUGAAUAUAUAUGUUGGCAUCGGUGUUCCAUGGCUGAUCGACACUGCAUACAAUUAUAUUGUCUACAAUGAACCACUGCGGAUUGAGAAUGCAGCGGGUCUUAGCUUCUCAUUGCUUGUAUUUUUCGCAACUUCAGUAGGCUGCAUUGCUGUUCUGGUAAUUAGGCGUUUAACAUUGGGUGCAGAGCUUGGAGGGCCAAAGCUUUGGGCAUGGAUUACCUUUGUGUUUUUCAUGUUGCUUUGGAUAACUUUUGUUGUACUGUCUUCCCUAAAAGUUUCUGGCAUCAUAUAAGAGAUCUUUUCACCUUCUCGGGUGUUUCUCUACCCUAUUCGAUUAGUUAUGUCAAAGUAUAAUGUAAACAUAGACCUUUACAGUACGUGCAGCAUUGCUGCAUGAUUAGUUGAUUACAAAUGUAAUAUGCUGUUUAAGCCAUGUUAUCAAAUGUACCUACCCCUUCAUGUUCCUAGGAUCUUAUGACUUUGAAUUGUAGGAACAAACUCAUAUUGUUACUUGGUUUGAUGAUACAGAAUAUACAUAGCUUGAUAGUUUGAUCACAGCUAUCAUUCAGCAAUAAAGUUUGUCUUGUUGUCC